UCGAGCUUGAGAACCGGUGACAGAAUCCUCUUGCUCUUGGUUUGGUGAGGAACAAACGGGAGAGUUGUUCGAAGACGAGGAAGAUGGAGACGAGACAAGCCAUAGAUCGGAGGGCCCAUGUGAUUUCGUUUGUCGGUCUGUUACUUCUGAGUUCGAUCGGACAAAUCUCGUCGCUUUCGGUGACGGUGAACGACGUUGAAUGUGUCUACGAGUACGUCCUCUACGAAGGCGACACUGUGUCGGGAAACUUCGUCGUCGUCGACCAUGAUAUCUUCUGGGGUUCAGAUCAUCCCGGUCUUGAUUUCGAUGUCUCAUCGCCUGCCGGGAAUAUAGUGCACAGUUUGAAAGGAACAUCAGGGGAUAAGUUUGAGUUCAAGGCCCCAAGAAGUGGAAUGUACAAAUUCUGUUUCCACAACCCACACUCUACACCAGAGACUGUCUCCUUCUAUAUUCACGUCGGCCACAUUCCCAACGAACACGACGUAGCCAAAGACGAGCAUUUGGACCCGAUAAACGUGAAGAUUGCAGAGCUGAGAGAGGCUUUGGAAUCCGUUAUCUCCGAGCAGAAGUAUCUGAAAGCACGUGAUACCCGGCACCGUCAUACGAACGAGAGCACGAGAAAGAGGGUGAUAUUCUACACUGUGGGAGAGUAUUUGCUUCUGGCCGCAGCCAGUGGCCUUCAGGUCCUGUAUAUCCGCAAGCUCUUCAGCAAGUCUGUUGCAUACAACCGAGUCUGACUCUGAUCAUAAUAAUAAUGAAAACCCUAAUUAGGGUUUUGUUGCUUUCCUUUUGUUCAAUGGCAGAGGCCUUUGUGGGUAAAAAAGAUGCGACCUUUUCUUUUCUUUUUUUUUCUUAAAAGGUUGAAAGCGGUAUACUGCACAAAUUAGUGACGCUUGAAUGCGCAAAUUUUACUGACGCUUUUUUUUAAACGA